CUUUAUCUUUUUUUCUUAUAAAAACAUGUCUGAUAUUAAGGUUGCCGGUUUCCCUAGUUCUGAAGUCUUUGCUUCUCUCAAGCAAUCCGUUGAUGCUCUUACUCCUGACGCCAAGGCCAAGCUUAUCAAGCAAGUCAACGGUAUCUUUGAAUUCGUUGUUAAGAACGCCGAAGGAAAGACUGAGACUUUCACUGUUGACCUCAAGAAGGAUGGUGCCGUUGUCAAGGGAAAGGGACCUAACAAGGCUGAUGCCAUCAUCACCAUUAGUGAUGCCGACUUUGUUCAAUUAGCUUCUGGUAAACUCAAUGGCCAAAAGGCAUACAUGUCUGGUAAGCUCAAGAUCAAGGGUCAAAUGAUGUUGGCUACUAAGCUUGAUACUGUCUUCAAGCAACUUGCUGGUGACAAGUCCAAGUUAUAAAUAUCCCCCUUUUAAUAUAUAUAUAAAAAGAAGAAGAAAAAAAAAAUUAUUU